GUCGGCUGCUCGGGCUGCCGCGGCUCGGGGAGCGCAGAGUCCCGAGGGCUCUGGGGUCCUCGUCGCCGUCACCUCCACCGGCGUGAACAAGUGAGGUCUGAGCCGGCUUCUCCAUGGCCUGCGCACCAGUUCCCGGCUGAGUCAUUUUCUUUUUGGCACAAAGUCCCCGCCCAGAGGCCGAGUCGUCGCGGCGGCGGUGGGGAUCGCAGGUCGCUCAGGCUUGCAGAUGGGUCAGGCGCUGUGGAGAGUGGCCAGAAACCAGCAGCUCCAGCAGGAAGGCUACAGUGAGCAAGGCUACCUCAGCAGAGAGCAGAGCAGACGGAUGGCCGCCAGCAGCAUGCCGAGCGCCGGUCAUCGGAGACAAGUCCAAGGAGGCAUAGAUAGAUACCAUCUUUUGAAGGCAAGGAAAUCUAAAGAACAGGAAGGCUUCAUUAAUUUGGAAAUGCUGCCUCCUGAGCUAAGCUUUACCAUCUUGUCCUACCUGAAUGCAACUGACCUCUGCUUAGCUUCCUGUGUUUGGCAGGAUCUUGCGAAUGAUGAACUUCUCUGGCAAGGGUUGUGUAAAUCCACUUGGGGUCACUGUUCCAUAUACAGUAAGAACCCACCUCUAGGGUUUUCUUUUAGAAAAUUGUAUCUGCAGCUGGAUGAAGGCAGCCUCACCUUUAAUGCCAACCCAGAGGAGGGAGUGAACUACUUUAUGUCCAAGGGUAUCCUAGAUGAUUCACCAAAGGAAAUAGCAAAGUUUAUCUUCUGCACGAGAACACUAAAUUGGAAAAAACUGAGAAUCUAUCUUGAUGAAAGGAGAGAUGUCUUGGAUGACCUUGUAACGUUGCAUAAUUUUAGAAAUCAAUUCUUGCCCAAUGCACUGAGAGAAUUUUUUCGUCAUAUCCAUGCCCCUGAAGAGCGUGGGGAGUAUCUCGAAACUCUUAUAACGAAGUUCUCACACAGAUUCUGUGCUUGUAACCCUGAUUUGAUGCGAGAACUUGGCCUUAGUCCUGACGCCGUCUAUGUGCUGUGCUACUCCCUGAUUCUACUGUCCAUCGACCUCAGCAGCCCUCACGUGAAGAAUAAAAUGUCCAAACGAGAAUUUAUUCGAAAUACCCGUCGUGCUGCUCAAAACAUUAGCGAAGAUUUUGUAGGGCACCUUUAUGACAACAUCUACCUUAUUGGCCAUGUGGCUGCGUAGAGGCGCAGCUGCCAGGACUUCCACCUCUAGCAUCCAAGCGAGACUCCCCGAGGACUGACUUAGCAGACACGGUGGUUGCAUUAGUGCUGGGCUUUCUCGCCCCUGUGUACAAUCAAGCUUGAGUGUACAACCUUUUCUUUUUCUUUUACUAUUUUCUUUUUUAGUAACUUCCUUGGGGAACUAAAGAAUUUGGCAGAAUUUUUCUUAAUUUUGCUUAUCGUGUUUUGCACAAAGCAUAGCCAUUGUCUGACACAGCUGUUUAAGAAUGUUAAACUGACAUUAUCCUCUAAACGAUGGUAUAUUUGUGCAUUAAAUUUGCCUGAAAAACUUU